AUGGCGAGCCUCGCCGAGAGCAUGGCGCUUCCCGCGGCGGCGGGCGGCCUCGCGGUCCUAUUCUCCCACCCGCUCGAGCUCACAAAGGUGCGGCUUCAGCUCGACAACGAGCUCGCGGCGAAAGGCACUCCGCGUCAGUACGCCGGCUUCGUCGACUGCGUGCUCCAAAACUUCCGCGCGGCUGGCGUGCGAGGGCUGCAGCGCGGCCUCUCGCUGGGCGUGACGCGCGAGGUCUGCUUCAACGCCGUCCGGAUCGGGCUGUACGACCCGAUCCUAUCUGCCUCCGGCGCGGUGUCUGGCCGCGGCGAGCGGGCGCCUUCGGCGCGCGAGCGGAUGGCAGCCGGCUUCACGUGCGGCGCGCUCGGCGGCUGCUGCGUCAACCCGAUUGAGGUGCUGAAGGUGCGAAUGCAGGCGUACGGCGGGCUCACCGGCCACCAACACGCCAUCCCGAGCCCCGCGGCCGGCCUCGCCGCCCUCGUGCGCGAGGAGGGCCUCGCCGGCUGCCUCCGCGGCGUCGGCACCUCCACCGCCCGCGGAGUCCUUGGGCCCGGCUCGCAGCUGAUCGCGUACAACGAGCUCAAGGCGGUGGCGGUGGGGCACGGCGCCGACCCCGCCGCCGCGCCGACGCACGUCAGCUGCGCGCUCGCCUCGGCCGCCGUCUCGGUCGCGUGCGUGAACCCGGUCGACGUGGUGCGGACGCGGGUGUACAAUGCGCCCGCUGGCCUGUACGCGUCCGGGGCCGACGCCGCGCGGCGGCUCCUGCGCACCGAGGGCCCGCUCGCGCUGUACAAGGGCUCGCUCACCCACUACCUGCGGCUCGGGCCGCACAUGGUUUUAGUCUUCGGUAUCCUGGAGAGGCUCAAGUCGAUGCGGGCACGCUCGUCGUGA